AGAAUAUAUGUAAUUUUUGUAGCGUCACACUGAUGUUGACCAUUUCUAUUGAAAUAAGCUGAUAAAACAAAAAUAAUCUGAAAUGAUAUCCACAAUGAGUACCAAGGAAUCAAAAGCCCUAAUCAAGGACAUACGGGAAACAAUAAAAAUGGCCAAAUAUGGAGACGCCAUACAUAAAUGCCAACGUCUACUCAGGGGUGAUCCAAAAAAUUAUAUGGGCUACUUGUUGCUCGGCGCUGCCUACCAGAAUAUUGACAAAGUAGAAGCGGCCAAAUUUCUCCGGAAGUCCAUUGAGUAUACCGAGGGACCCGCCACAGUCGCGUUGCAAGGACUGGCGAAUUGUGCACCUGCAGAGGAGCUGCCACAAGUUUACGAGCAGCUCAUUGACCUAGUGCCAGAGAAAUGCUUGGAAUACUAUGAUAAGCUCUAUGCCUUGGCGGCAAAUGCUGCCUUGACUAAAUCGUGCUUGGACGUUUUCAAGAAGAAGGCACAGAAUCCGAAUGAUAGCCAUAUUAAUAAGAUCCUGGAGUAUUUGGGCAGAAUAUGGUUUUCCAGCGAUCUGGAGGUGCCAGCCGCAGAAACGGAACUCUACAAAAUGAGCAUGGAAAAACUUUUGUCGGUGGGCGAUGCCGAUCUACAGAGCUUGGUCUACAAGCGUUAUCUGAAGUUCCUCUACAAACACCAGGACUAUGUUAGCUGCAUGCGGCACGCUUGCAAUAUGACUGAAUCACAUCCACGCGAUGUCUAUGGCUAUGAAUGGAUCUGUAUGAUGCACUGCGAGAAUCACGAGAAGGUGCAUAAUAAGGCUUGGCAAAGCGAGCUGCGUCGCUCUGUUCCAGAAUAUGCCGCACAGCUGCUGCAACUCAAUCCCAAAUCAAAUUUAGCGCUACUUGUUCAGGCAUUAGAAUUGUAUUCAAAAGAGCAGUUCGUUGCGGCUAGACAAUUGGCUUUGCAAGCUCUGGAAUACCAACCAAGCUAUAGAAUGACUCAACAGCUUCUGGCUAGGAUUCACAUGAAAUUGGGUGCUCACAAAUUAGCACUUUUGCUGUGGCAGGAGUUGGGCGAGCAGCAUGAAGAGUAUGCUCAAUGUUUGUCCUAUGAAACGGAUGUCAAACUAUUGGAAGAGGCGUCUAAACUGCUGAAGGAUAAAGCAGCAACAGAUGAACUUAACUUAAAGGCACUGGCGCGGUGCUAUUAUAAGCUGGGUGAAGUGGAAAAGUUGAAGUCCUUACCAUUAGAUGCAGUUACACACGCUGAAUUUCUACUGCCUCCUUCGGAAGCGCUUGAAGCCCUAGCCGACAAUGAAUCAUUCGAAGCGCUGUUGCUGCGAGGCAAGCUGAAUAUGAAGCUGCGGAAUUUCGCCGAGGCGCUGAACUGCAUGCUGAAGGCUACACGACUACAGCCACACAUUGCUGAAUGCUUCGAGCACUUGGGGCAGUUGUAUCAAGCGAAUGAUGAUAUUAUACGAGCGCGCAAAUGUUUUGAGAAGUGCGUUAGUUUGAAUGCUUUGGCCCAAGAGGCUGUGGAUGCCUUAAGCUCAAUCUAUCAGCAGUUGGGCGAAGAGGAUCUGAAUGAAGCGCUGUUGCUUAAUACCUUGCGCCACCUGAGCAACGACGAUGCCAUUCGCUUGCAGUACAAACUGGGAUUGCACUUUUUGAAAGUGAAAAAACUGGAUAAUGCUAUUCAAUGCUUUCGUCUUGCUAUUAAGCACGACUAUAAAUGCAUGAUCUAUUGGGAGUCCCUGGGCGAUGCAUAUGCAGCACGCGGCUCGUACAACUCAGCGAUUCGUGUCUUUCAAAAAAUUCUCGAGCUAUCGCCCAACAACAGUUACGCUCAAUUGCAAAUAGCUGUGAUUAAAACGACGAUUCGCAUGUAUCCAGAAGCAAUUGCUGACUUUGAUGAGCUACUCAAAAAGUACCCAGAUUAUUUGCCUGCUUUGAGAGGCGCUGCAGAGGCACAUAUAGGACUUGCCCAUAAUCUAAGGAGUCAAAAUCUGUAUGGACGUGCCAAGGAUAACUUCAAAAUGGCUUUGGAGCAUCUGCAGAGCGCCUUCUUGCAAAGCAAGGCUCAGUGCAUGGUUUGGCUUUGGCGACUCACUGCGAGUGUUUUGGUGCAAACAGCUCAGUUACCUCAAUCCUUGGCCAAUUUGGAUGUGACGGGCAAUUUGGUAAAGCGAGAGGAGAAAAUUGUGCAUCUAUCGCGCAAAGAUCUACUGCAACUGGCGCAAAGAUUUUACUUGUGCGCCUUGAAGCUUAAGCAAAACACAUUCUUGUGGUAUGAGUUGGCCUUAUGCAGCUACUUUAGUGCCGUCUAUAUGCCAGAGGAUGCGAAUAGUCAUCUGGAGAUAGCGGCCAAGGUGUGCAAGAUGGCCAUCAAGGCACAGAGCAAUCGCUGGCAGAACUGGAAUCUGUUGGGUGUGAUCAAUAUGCAUACAGCCAAUGAGAAUUUUCCUGUGGCCCAGCAUUGUUUAAUCCAAGCCGUUGUGACUGAGAGGAAAUCCUAUACAGCUUGGACAAAUCUCGGCGUAUUAUAUAUCAAGCUGGGCGAUAUAAGAUUAGCUAACGAGGCCUUUAAGCGUGCCCAGCAAUCGAGUCCGAUUUAUCCGAAUGCUUGGAUAGGACAGGCUUUGGUAGCCGAAAUAAUGGGCGAGCAGGAGGAGGCUUUCGAUUUAUUUCGGCAUUGCCAGCAGUUCGAAUAUCAUCCAGAAGCAGCUAUUGGUUAUGCCCAUUGGGUUUGCCAUGUGCUCUCCAAUCCGGCUCUGCGCGAUAAGCCGCAGAACAAACAUGCAAUAGAGCAUAUGCAUGCGGAUAUAAAUGCCCUGGAUGCCAUCAACUGGUUUGUUCAGAAUGAGGAGUCGGAGGCCUGCAUUGCGUCGCUUACAUUUCAGGGUUUUCUUUUUGCACGCCAAAAGCUUUACAAACAGGCAAUUAAUGCAUUUACUUGUGCCUGCCAGCAAGCGCCGCCCGGCACAGAUCGAGAUAAUCUUUAUACGAAUCUAGGGUAUCUUUACUUGAAGCUCGGCCAGCCGGAGCAUGCAGUCAGCGCCUUUGACAAUGUAGCCCAUGCUUCCUUUAAGCCCAUUUCUGGCUUGGCUUUGGCCUAUUAUCGCUGUGGUCAGUCUCAUGAAUCGUAUGCAACAUACUCCAACCUAUUGGCCAGCGGCGUGGCGCAGGAUGAGGAAAAGGCAGCAACUAUAUUGGUAGCAAUGGCCUCUCUAGUAUAUGCCUCUCAAGGCGAUACGGAUACCAAAACACUGCUUUAUCAAUGCAUACUUCUCAAAAAUGCGCCCAUUCAAGCCUUCUUCUCGGCUUUUGCUUUGGGCGUGCUGCAUCGGGAUAAUGAUCUGAUCAAGAUCAUCAUGCCAGACCUACAAAAGUAUCGAUUUCAUGAGAAGUAUUCGGCUGAUGUGUCCUACUUAACUGCUAAUUACUGUUUAAUAAAUGAGGGCUCUCGUCAGGCUUUAAACUAUCUUCAACAACGUGUGCGUAUGUUUCCUCAAAAUCCUGCGCUGCGCAAAAUUUUUGUCAAGUUUCUACUGGACUAUUUCCCGAACGAUCUGACUUAUGAAAAGGCCUUAGCUAAUAUGGCUUUGAUUGCGCUUAAAUUGGGGCCCAGCUACUUGAGUGACUGCAACAAUGCCAGUGAGAUAUCAGAGACAACCAUCUAUGCCUGCCGAGCUCUGGAACGUGUAGAUAGGACUCGGUCCCUAAAGCUUAUUCAAAGCGCCAUACGCAUGGAUCCAAUCAAUCAGCAUGCCAGGCAGCUGCUAAGCAGUAUAACUGCGUGCCAGCCUUUAAAUAUUUAAAACAUUAAUUAAUAAAAAA